AUAUAAAUAUAUACACACUCACUCUCUCACACACAGAGACACUCCUGUCCCGCAGUCACUCUGUGUGGAUUUGCUUGGAGCAGAUGGUCAAAAAUGACAUUCUCUGGGUGGAUUCUGGCUUUAUGUCUGGUGGCUUUCAAAGGACAAAGCACAGCAGCAGAGACAGAUGUAGGAGCAGGCAGUGAAAGAAACUGCUCUAUAGUACCUCCGUACUUGCCUCCAACAGCUGUUAACACAACUGGGAGGCUACUUGAACUAAGAUCCGUUAUGAAAACACACAGCAUUUCUGCCUACAUUAUACCUGGAACAGAUGCCCACCUGAGUGAGUACAUUGCCCAGCGAGAUGCCAGGUUGGCCUGGAUGUCUGGUUUCACUGGUUCUUCAGGCACAGCAGUUGUAACCCAAGACAAAGCGGUAUUAUGGACUGACAGUCGUUAUUGGGUUCAGGCUGAGCGCCAGAUGGACUGCAACUGGGAACUGGAACAAGACAUUUCUAUCUCCAGCAUCACCAAUUGGCUUAUCAAAGAGCUCAGUAAGAAGAAUACGGUUGGCUUUGAUCCAUUCCUGUUCUCUGUAGACACAUUUGAAGCCUACAACAACAACCUGGCUCCAGCAGAACGGAACCUGAUAUCUAUUCCUGAUAACCUGGUGGACAAAAUAUGGGAUACGCGGCCACCACUUCCUCCUGAUAAUCUUACACGUCUGCCUGACGACUUCAUUGAGAGAACCUGGAGCAUGAAGGUGGAUCAUAUACGCACUCAAAUAAUGAACAAUCCCUACAAGCCUACAGCAGUCUUACUCUCAGCUCUGGAUGAAACAGCAUGGCUCUUGAACAUGCGUGGCAAUGACAUCCCCUUUAACCCAUUCUUCUACUCCUACACACUUUUGACACUUGAAGAGAUAUGGCUUUUCGUGCACGUUAAAAGGCUGCCAGAAGAAAUUAAGGUCUACCUAAACUCAUCAUGCACAUCGACUUACUGUGUGCAGCUUUUUGAAUAUGAGACUGUUCGAGAGAAACUCAAGACAUAUCUCACAAAGCCUAAUGUGAGAGUGUGGGUGGGCACAGAGUACACCAACCAGGCUCUGUAUGAGCUCAUCACUCCAGAGGAGAAGCUUCUGCAAAGUACAUACUCCCCCGUGCUGACCACUAAAGCAAUCAAAGACGAGACUGAGCAGCGAAUCCUUAGAGAAGCGCAUAUAAGAGAUGCUGUGGCAGUCAUGCAGCUCCUUUAUCAACUUGAGAAAACUGUCCCUGAGGGCAAGGAGACAGAGCUUACUGCAGCACAACUCGUCAAUGAGUACCGCAGUAAGCAAAAAUUCAGCAGGGGGCCAAGUUUUGAAACCAUUUCUGCAAGUGGGCCUAAUGCAGCUCUUGCCCAUUAUAGUCCAUCUAAUGAAACUGCAAGAAAGUUGACCAAAGAUGAAAUGUAUCUCAUUGAUUCAGGAGGACAGUAUCUUGAUGGCACUACUGACAUUACUCGCACUGUGCACUGGGGUUCACCUACUGAUUUCCAAAAGGAGGCCUUCACAAGAGUGCUAAUGGGAAACAUUGAAAUAUCAAGGACCAUCUUUCCUGCAGGAACUAAAGGUGUCAACAUGGAGAUGCUAGGGCGCAGAGCUUUGUGGGAAGUCGGUCUGAAUUAUGGUCAUGGUACAGGUCAUGGUGUGGGCAACUACUUUGGAGUUCAUGAAUGGCCUGUUGGUUUUCAGUCCAAUAAUAUUCCAUUCCAGCAAGGCAUGUUCACAUCCAUUGAACCUGGCUACUACAGAGUGAAUGAAUUUGGAAUAAGGAUUGAGGAUGUUGCAGUUAUUGUUCCAGCUAAAACAAAGUAUGGCAAUAAUUAUCUGACAUUCGACACUGUGUCACUGGUCCCCUAUGACAGAAAAUUGAUUGACACUUCAAUUCUCAGCCCUGAACAGCUCCAAUGGCUGGACACAUACUACAUGACCAUCCGUUCUACAAUGGGUCCAGAGUUGAAGAAGCAGGGCCUGAUGGAGGUCCAUAACUGGAUGAUUGAUAAUACAGAGCCAUUCCUGAAGACAGGGUCUUCAGCUGCUGUCCCCUCAAUCUCACUACUACUGCUACUUCUGCCUAUAGCUAUACUGUAGAAACACCUAAGAAUGUCCCACAGGCUUACUGUAGAAUCUGUAAAAGUCCCAAAGGUUUCUGUAGAAGCUCCUACAAGUUAUUCCACUGUUUUAUUGUGCAAUCUCCAAAGAAUUCUUUAUGUCUGUACUGCCAGCACUACUCUAUUAUGCUGGUCAAGUUUACCAAAGCAAUGUCUGUCUAUCUUGCUGUCUCCCAUUUCAUUAACCGUUUUGUAAUAUAAAGAAGCAGCCUCCAUGAAACAAGUAGAUAAAAAUGUCUAUUAAGUUUUAACGCAAAUUACUUUUUACGUCUUCAAAGGCAUAGUAUAAAAACAGUUCACUUCUGAAAAAGAAAACCGGAAAAUACAUAUCGGAAAAAGUUAAUUCUGUAACUCCCAAGUAUUUUUAGCAUUUAACCUACCAUGAUUAUUAACAGAAAUGCGUAGGCAUCUGAGAUAUUUUCCAAUGGAGCAAACCUAGGCUUUUCUUGUCACUGUUGUUGUUGAUGCUGCUCAAAUCUAAAUUCAGUUUGCAGAAGUUCCUAAAUUUAUUUGUAUUUUUUUUUUUAUCUGUAGAGAGUACAUGUAAUAAUCGCUAAUGAUUAAAUUAUUUAUUUAAAUGAGCAUAUUUAAAAUCUGAGGUGUCUUCACACCUAGUGAAUUUUCCAUGUCCAGUCUUUAUAUACUAACUCAAAUGUGAUUAAACGAUACACUCUUGGAAUAAAAUUAAAAUUUAGAUCUUC